AUGCGCACCCUACCUGUGUGCUGCAAGAGGAAGCGUGCGCCUCAAUGGCAGACGCGCCAACAAGCACUACAACACAGCCACGCCAGCUCCACCAUACCUGCACAAGGCCCGACACACCAGGUCACAGCCACCACGGGGGACCAGCAGAUCCGGGAAGGAGAGAGAGAGAGGCGCGCACGAUACGACAUCAAAGCUCUGAUCGGUCGAGGAAGCUUCAGCCGCGUCGUGCGUGUGGAGCACAGGACGACUCGCCAGCCCUUCGCCAUUAAAAUGAUGGAGGUAGAGGCCCCAGAGGGGCGUGAGGUGUGCACCGCGGAGCUGGCAGUGCUGCAGCGGGUGAGUCACUCUAAUGUGAUACAGCUGAUCGAGGUGUUUCAGUUCCCACAGCGGGUUUACAUGGUGCUGGAACUGGCCACAGGAGGGGAACUGUUGGACCGUGUCGUUAGCAGGGGCCACUUCACAGAGAGGGACGCCACCCAGGCUCUCCGGAUGGUGCUGGCUGGGGUGGGAUACCUCCACAACCUGGGGAUCACCCACAGAGACUUGAAGCCUGAGAAUCUUCUGUACUACCACCCUGGUGCCGAAUCCAGGCUGCUCGUGACUGACUUUGGACUGGCCACUUUUGGCGGCACAGGGUCUGAAGUUUCAGACCAUGACAGAAGUGAUGGGGGAGAUCAUACCAGAGCAGACAGGAUGUGGUUCCUCAGAACUACCUGUGGAACCCCUGAGUAUAUGGCCCCUGAGGUGUUGCUGAGGAGACCCUAUUCCUGUGCAGUGGACAUGUGGGCCCUGGGGGUGAUCACCUACAUUGUGCUGAGUGGAUCCAUGCCGUUUGAGGACGACAGUCGUACGCGGCUCUACAGAUCCAUUGUGAGAGGAAAAUACAGCUUUCAUGGAGAUCCUUGGCCCUCAGUGUCCAACCUGGCCAAAGACUUUAUCCAGCGCCUGCUGCCGUUGGACCCUGCUGCCCGCCUGACCGCUGACCAAGCCAUCCGUCACCCAUGGGUGGUCACCAUGGCAGCCAGCUCCUCCAUGAGGAACCUCCAUCGAUCUAUCUCUCAGAACCUCAGGCAGCGGGCAUCACGCAGCUCCUCCCGGUGCCCGAGCAGCACCGCGAGCUCCGGCGAGUCCAUAGCGUGGGCCUGGGAAAGCUAAUAUCGCUGGAGGAAAACCAAGAGCAGCAGCAGGGCAGAGCAUCUGGAGUGACUCUUCCUCUGAGAGCCAUACAACAUUCAGCCAGAGGGUUCCAGGAGCAUCAUCCCCAUCCAACUAAAGCACCAGAUUCAUAAGAAGGCUAAUGGAUAGAACCAGCUGCCCAAAGCUCAGUGUGUAUUGCAAUAACAAACCUCACAGCUGCAAACAGGAAGCUAAAGUGUCUGGGACAGGUGUUGUGACAAAAAAAAGUUUCCUCCCUUCUCUGGACUUCACUCAGACUUCUCCACUAGACUAAUAACCCAGGUUCCCCUGAAGGCCAAGUUCCAUCCUCCAUUAGUUUCUCGUGGUGGGGUUAAGCUGUUAGUGAAUAUCCCUCUGUGUUUUUUUCAGGUCCAGGCUUAUAUUGAGAGAACUGUCCACCUCCACAAGGUCUCUAGCCCCUGGUUAUUCACACAGCUCAAACUAAUGGGUCCAAGGUCUCAUCUAGAUCAUUAUGAGUCACCACAUUACCUGCCUGUGAAGAGGUUCAUUCCAAAAAUGAGAAAUUCAUCAUUGGAGAGAUGGGAGCUAAUCUUAGCAAGGAUGAUGUAAAAGUAGAAGAAAACUUGUUCUGAUCUUUUUCCUUUUUUAAAACGAGUUUGAACUCCCCACCACCAAACAGCAGGGAGAUUUAUUUUUUUUUAACAUUUUUGAGGCAGAAAGAAGCAAAUACACCGUAGUCUUUUCUUUUGUUGUCACUCCUCCUACAUAGCAGCACCCACAGCCCUGUGCAACCACUGAAAGCACAAUCCAGAUAUUUGGUGACAGGCCUCUGUCAAGUUAAAAAUGAAGCUCUGGGUUUAAAGAGCUCUUUACUCUCCCCCAAACAUUAUGUAAGCUGUAAACAACAGCAUUGUCAAAAUAACCCUUUUUUCCAGUGAGAAGUUUUAAAUUAAAUCGGUAAUAUUAGUAUGCAACAGGAGUGCAUUAAACUGUGAGUAGGAUGCAAAACAUAAUUACCAAGGAAGUUCAGUCGUGUUUAGCAAUAUCACACAUUGUGUAUUGUGGGGUUUUUCCCUGUAUUAAUCAUUUAUGAUUAAUGCUUUUGGUUGCAGAAGUCAUGUAUUGGGCUCACGCUGUGUUGAGCUGGAUCUACAUACAAGGAUAUACAACAUCUAGGAACAAGACAGAUUCAAACAGGAUGAGUAAAGGGAGUAAAU